CCUGUGAGUGCAGUGUCAACAUUUCACAUCUCUGAGGCAAAGUGCCAGCACGGACAGUGUCCACACAGCCCAUAGCAGCUCCGUGCCAGCCUGAUUGCUAACCUAUACUGUUUGCGUGACGAUUCUCCCAGAAAAAAUGCACUAACAGCCUCAGCAGAGAUCGGACACCUAGCAGAGAAGGAUGAACAGCGAGGAGGAGUUUUUUGAUGCCGAAGCAGGCACCGACUCGGACAACUCAUCCGCAGAGUUUGUGGACACUAACCAUAGGAGUUUGGACAUGACCGUCACAGAGCCAGCGUCAGCCGCCAAGGUGGAGAGCAGCCUACAGGAAAAUGGGGUGAAGAAACCUCGGCAAUGCCUGCCAGCCCCGAUGUUCUCCAGAAAUAAUUUCAGUAUUUGGAGCAUCUUAAAGAAAUGUAUCGGAUUGGAGCUGUCAAAAAUCACCAUGCCCAUCGUCUUUAACGAGCCGCUAAGCUUGCUUCAGAGAAUCACAGAGUACAUGGAACACACAUAUCUAAUUAACAAGGCCUGCUCCUGUGCGGACCCUCUGCAAAGAAUGCAGGCUGUGGCUGCGUUUGCUGUCUCUGCAGUUGCAUCUCAAUGGGAGCGAACUGGAAAGCCAUUUAACCCUCUGCUAGGAGAGACCUAUGAAUUAGUAAGGGAAGACCUGGGCUUCCGGUUUGUCUCCGAACAAGUCAGCCACCACCCCCCAGUUAGUGCCUUUUAUUCGGAGGGGCUGAAUAAGGACUAUAUUUUUCACGGCUCCAUUUAUCCCAAGCUCAAAUUUUGGGGGAAAAGUGUGGAGGCCGAACCCAAAGGUGCCAUUACCUUGGAGCUGCUAAAGCAUAAAGAGGCUUAUACAUGGACUAACCCCACCUGCUGUGUACACAAUGUCAUCAUUGGCAAGUUAUGGAUUGAGCAGUACGGCACGGUGGAGAUCGUCAAUCACAGAACCGGAGAUAAAUGCAUCCUGAACUUCAAACCAUGCGGCCUGUUUGGGAAGGAGCUGCACAGAGUGGAGGGCUACAUACAAGACAAGAACAAGAAGAAGCUGUGUGUGAUUUAUGGAAAGUGGACGGAGUGUCUGUGGAGUGUCGAUCCCACCACUUAUGACAGUUCUAGGAAAUCUGAAAAGAAAGGAGGGGGGGAGCAGCGAAAAUCCAAACAGAAUGAGCCAUCGGUGAAUUCCGUAGAAGAUGAGGAAGAUGAUAUGCCGGAGGUUCAGGAGACGGUGCAGGUGGUACCAGGUAGUAAACUACUGUGGAGGAUUGUCAGUAGACCACCAAAUUCCUCCCAGAUGUACAACUUCACUAACUUUGCUGUCGCUCUCAAUGAAUUGGACAAGGAACUAGAAGCCACUCUGGCGCCAACAGACUGCCGUCUGCGACCUGACAUCAGAGGCAUGGAGAAUGGGGAUCUAGAUCAGGCCAGUAAAGAGAAGGAGAGAUUAGAAGAGAAACAAAGAGCAUCACGAAGAGAACGAGCCCAAAGCAACGAGCAAUGGAGAACUAGGUGGUUUACCCAAGGAACGAACCCACACACGCGGACGUCAGACUGGAUCUACACAGGGGGAUACUUUGAUAGAAAAUUCACAGACUGUCCUGAGAUUUAUUGAUCACCAAAACCACUGUUUUUUCCCUCAGACUGGAAGGGUCACACGGACAUUUGCACCGGAGCAGCUGCUCACUAACUGUGUCUACGGGAAAGCCGAUCUAUUUACACCUCUUUAGUUUUUUUUGAAGUUUUUCUUUUUUUUUUUUUUUCUUUUAGGAAAGAUUUAAAGAAUUGACAUUGUACCACAAUCAGGGAACUAAUUAUUUAAUUGCUGCCGUUUGCCAAACGAAAACAUGACGGCAUCCACCUGUAUAUGAGUAUAUGUUUACCAAUGUACAAGGCUACGUGGAUUUAAAUUUCUCAGAUCAGCGAGGUCACCAGUAAACGUAUAACCCUGAUUAUCAUGAUUUGUUUAGAUUCUAUGGAAGGAGCUUUGACAUUCACUGGGAGAAGGAGAGAACGUUUGGGUUUCCUGUAGUGUUUGACUAUGAGCUUUAACAUCCUUCCUGGGGCCACAUUCACUAAGCAGUGCUUCGAGACCGCUUACCAUUCGCCAGACCAUAACGUGACAUUUAAGAUCAAUAGCGCUUGUGACAAUUUGGUUAUAAAAAGCACAGAUUUGUUUUCAAUAUAGAA